AGAAAAUCUUGGAAACAGUUGAGGUGUGCGAGGAAGAUGAUGACAAUGGAAAAAGGGGGGAAAAGAGAGCAAAAGUUACCUGUAUAUGGAAAAUCACCUUUUGUUGAAAGGAUUGUUUAAAUGAGUGACAAGGUGAAGAAGGAUGAAAUAUCAUUAUACCAUUCAGUUUUUGCAUCAAAAACAGAGGAAGAGAUAUGGAACAUUGGGAGCGGGCAUGUGUUGCAUCAAGGAUUCACAUAUCAUUUUAAAAGCAACACGAUAUUGGACUGGGUUCCAACGUACUACAUUAUAUACCAUGUGAACCGAAAUGGUGUUGUUGAGGACAUCUAUGGAAUAAACCCCGUUCAUGUGAAAAAAUUUCUUGGGAACUAUUUAAAAAUAGAGAAUUACCAAAAGUCAACAGCUUUCAGCAAGAUUAAAGCUCGUGUAAUGAAAAUGACAUGGAAAAGUGAUGUAGUUGCAUUAAAUAAUCUACGAAUCAAAUACAUGGCAAAUCUUAUGAAAUCAGAGUACAACAAACAUAAAAGUAUGUUGGAGAAAGAUGCAAAAGCGUAUAAGAGGCUCGAUCCAUUGCAGAUAUUGGCUAGGAUGAACGAAGUGAAGGAAAUCAGGGAGAAGCAUAAAUGUGGAAGGCGUCGAUUUUAG